CAGAGCACCAGCAACCCCUCGACAAUUACCAGCCUGUACUUUCUUGCAGUUCACACCAAUCAUUUGCAAUUACUCUACUUAAUCUAAACUACGCAAGAAUGAAUGGAGAUCCAGUCUUGGCGCAAAUGCCUCUCAGAGACGCUCUCGCGAUGACAAACGAGCCUAUCCACCCACAAAUUCAACACCGACAGACAUACGACAGAUCUUAUUCCAGGUCCAAUGCUGCCCAAGGAGGAAACCGCCCUUUCAUAGACGACAACUUUUCUCCGCGCACAACUCAAUCUCGAAAUCCAAUUGAUCGUGGCCACAUGAACAAGAACCAAGGCAGAGGCAAUCAUAUCAAAGGCAACAGCUUCAAGCGCAACUCUAAUGAAAGCAAUAGCACUAUCAGCAGCAGUGGUAUUCGCUCACAAAACCAACACCAACAGCAGGGGCAGCAGCAAAACCAUCAGUACCAGAGCAGCAACAGCUACAGACGUCAUGACUUUGCUCACAACAACAGCUUCAUCCACCCCAACAACUCUUAUCGCUCGAACCAACAACACUCAUCGCCAAAUCGUCGCCGACAUUCGAAUGACAGUUCCGUCAUGUCUUCCAGCACGCAUCACAACCUACGUAACCCUCGCAUUGCCCAGAAUGGUGCCUAUCAUCGCAGCACUGGUAUAACAAUGCCACGUUCAUUGUCGUUCACGCCCGGUCUUCCUCACAACUUGGAGUACAACACUCAUGGGUUGCAGCCUUCACAGUCACCAGGAGCGUGUCCGAGGGUUAGCAUUGAUGGCAGCUACCACCCAGAUGGCGGCUAUAUGACCCCACAUCCGAUGCACCAAAAUCCUCCUGCCCCAGAGCACCCUAAUAUCGUUUAUAGCCCACAAGUGCCGCCGCAAGCGGUGCAGAGCAAUGGAAUCUCUAUCUCUUUGAAAGGUCCAUAUCAGCAGCCACCGCAGCCUGUUUAUGCGAUCCCAUGGGGAUAUCAUCCGUCGCAUAUGGCACCGUUUGUAUCCCAGAUGAUGCCCAUGCCCUCUCCACCACAGCAAGCGACGUAUGAAGGACAGGAUGACAUGGAGGCCAAGGUUCAGUCAUCUCCUUCACAGAUUGCGACAAAUGGCAUGAGCGCUGGCGCUUAUGAUGAUCAAGAUGGUCGCGAUCGCCUACGAGAGCAACUCGAGUGGUACUUCUCACCAAGAAACCUUGCGACUGACACAUAUUUAGUUUCGAAAAUGGAUACAGACCACUGGGUGCCCAUCUCUGUAGUUGCAGAUUUUAGGAAGGUCAAGGCGAUCACAGACGAUAUCCAAGAGGUCGUCAAUGCCCUCCGGCGAUCAUGCAAGGUGCUUGUGGAUGAGACUGGAACCAUGGCGAAGGCCAUUACUGUCGAUCGACCCAGAACGACCCUCAUCUUACGCGAGCUGCCUGAAGACGCUACUGAAGAGGAAAUCAGUGCAUUAUUUGUUGAGGCCAAAUGUCCAGCAAAGCUCAUCACGAAAGAGGCUGUUGGAAACAUGUGGUUUGUGGAGUUUGAGACUGCAGCAGACGCGUUGGCAAUGCUCAACUACACCCGAGGGCGCUAUCUUCGUGGUGUUCCCAUCGCUGCCCGAUUGAAGUCGAACACCGUGCUAACUGAUAUAAAACCACUCAGCUGUCUAUGCCCAACUCGCAAAACACGCCUAUGUUGCAACCUGUUCCUGGCUGGACGCAGUCGCCGCCGAGUCACGCUCAGGAUGCAUCCAUGCUUGGAAUGAGUGUGCCUUAUCGCCGGUUUGCUGCAGAGGAGAACUUCGCCGCAGAGGAGGUGUGGUCCCCUACACUCACCCAGGGAUUCGUUCCACAGGAUAUGGCCCGU